CCGCCUCUCUCAUCCGGCUAUCUGGUCUCAAUUUGUGAACGAUAUGGAGCUGGAGCUACCUAAACGAUUAUAUGCAGAGGGUUCAGAACCUCGGGUUAAGAAGAUCAACAACAGUUGCCGCAUGGAACUUAUCAGAGAUCUGAAGAAAGCUAUGUGUGCAGAGUACGAUGAUGUGAAGAGAGAUCCUGUUUUCACACAUAUCAUGGCUAUUGCCGAAAAUGAUCUCAAGUUCUCUGGGAAACUAGUGGAUAGCUUCAUAUGUAGACAGCUGAUUACCUCAAAGCUGCAUGAGAAGUGGUUUGUUUUUGCGAGGACGCCUCUCCGGUUUUCGCUUCAGGAGUACCAUGCUGUGACAGGCCUCAAGAUUACACGGGAAACUAACAGUGACGUAGUGAAAUGGAAAAACGACGGGGGUUUUUGGAGUAACCUACUGCACACAGGUGGUAAGAUCACCUUGCAGUCGAUCAGAAAGGUUCAUCUACAAGAAGUUCACACUUGGACGCGGCUUGAUAGGAUGAGGUUGAUCUACUUGUGUGUAAUAGUGGGUGUGGUGAUGGGGAGAGAUGAGAAGGUGUCCAUCCCUCAUAUGUACAUCAAGUUGGUGAUGGAUUUUGACAAGGUUCGGAAGUUCCAUUGGGGUCUUCACUCGUAUGAUUUCCUGUUGAGUUCGAUUGAGAAGGCAAUGAAGAAGUUGGGUAAGAAGGAGAGCUACAUUUUCGAGGGUUUCUCCUAUGCUCUCCAGAUUUGGAUUAUGGAGGCAAUUCCUGAUUUUGGAGAAAUAUUAGGCAGAAGAGUCUCAGACAGCUUCAAAGGUCCAAGGUGUGGCAAUUGGAAAGGAGUUGCAAAAGUUUCUUAUGAAGACAUCAUUGAGCUCGAGGACUCCUUAACUAAGAAGGAUAACUUCUUCUCGGUCAUAUCAGUGACUGGUAAUGGUGAUGUGUUUCUAGAUGCUCAGUACACAAGGGAGGGUGAGAUGGAAGAUGAACGAGUGGACCUUGUUUUGGGGAGGAUCAGGAACAAGUAUGAUUGGAGCAACACAGACUGGCCAGUUUUAGACCCUGAAGAGUCUAAAAUGGAGGAACCCGACAGCCAUGAUAGAGGGUCAGAAGCUGAUAAGAUCGUGGAUCAUACGGAUGUUGUAGCAGACGAGGAGAACUCUUCGGUUAAGGUCGCAGGAAAAGGCAAGAGAAAGUUUCUUGAUGAAGGAGCAGAGACAAGAAAGAAGAAGGUGCUGUGUAAGCGAUCAGCAGAAAAGUUUCUGACUUUUGGUCCUGAAACUAUGAGUUUCAUUGAGGGUCUUAUCCGCACAUCUGUCACUUCAUUGGGAGAUGUGCUCAGUAUGCAAAUGGCGAAUAUGGAGAGGGUGUUUACAGAGAGGAUGGGAAAGAUGGAGAUUGAGGUUUCACAGCUCAAGGACGCAAUCAGUUUGACUGGUGAAGGAAGCUAUCCUAGUAAGAAAGAAACUGAAGAAGCUCCACUAAACAGCAAAGCCAAGGAAGCUCCACCUAAGAGCAAAGGCGCUCAAGCUCCACCUAAGAGCAAAGGCGCUCAAGCUCAACCUAAGCGCAAAGGCGAUCAACCUACUCCAACAAAAAAGGACGGGAAAAAGAUUGCUACAGAAACUAAUGAUUUUGAUUUUGGAUUGAGUACACAAGACUUGCGGGACCUGUCCCAAGCUACAUUUGUUGACGGUUUUGAUCUGUCUCAAGUGAAAGUUGAGACGUUAAGUAAAUCGAAACCGUUUAACAUGGCUCCACUGCAGUGGAAUGAUGAGGAAAUGGAUCGAACCAAAGAAGACUCGCCAGAUGCCGCGUUGGUGUUUUUCCGUGAAGAGGAUUGGGAAAAAGUUAGAACUUGGUCAACUUCCUCCACACCUAUACGGAUUGGACCUGCCACUUUAGAUUUUGAGAUUGCUAAUCGUCUUAUGGAUAAAUCUGAGUGGUUAAAUAGCUUGGAGAUUGACGCUGCAAUGUACGUAUUCCGGGAGAGAACAUCUUUGAAACGAUGGAGACCUCAUCGUGUCGCCUUCAUGACUGUCGUCUUCAGCAAUAUGAUUAAAAAAGAGUAUGGUCAUUUAGAAGCUCAGGGUAGAAAGAGCUACAUGCUUCAUAAUUUGCUACUGCAGUUCGGUAAAGGAGUCCUUCCACCACAUGGCAGGACACAUGAGAUAUGGAAUAUAGAUGUGGAUCGCCUGUAUGUCCCUGUUCAUGUCAGUGGGAAUCAUUGGAUCGCCUUGUGCAUCAGUUUCGUGACGAGGAGCAUUGAAGUGUUCGACUGCUCGGGUAAGAAAAGGUACAAGGAGGUGGAUGGGUUCGCAAACCUUAUUCCGCGUAUUGUCAAGGCAGUUCAGCCUAUGAGACACCAGAAGGAUUUCGCAGUCGGUGCAUAUACUGUUUCCUAUGUCCCCGUUGGGAAUCUGAAUAAAAGUGCAUGCGACUGUGGCGUCUAUGCAGUGAAGUUCAUUGAGUGUCAUGCGCUUGGAUUGGAGUUGUCGUUGUUGCAUGAUGGUAACAUUAUCGAAGCUCGCCACAGGAUUCUAUGGGAUCUUUGGGAAGCAGCUAAUGAUCCGGAAUUGAUUGAUAGGAUGUCAAAGUAUCAAUCCCCGGAGUGUCUCUCUUCGACUGUAGAAGAGAUUUUGUGAGACUGCUUGGUUUCAAGUUCUAAUGUAAUGAACAAGAUUGCUUAAUCUGAUGUAUAACUUCUAGAUUUUAUUAUCAUUUUUAGGAACAAGACUGCUUAGUUUAUUGUAUAACUUCUAGUGUUUAAUUAUGAUUUUUAGGAUUGACUCUUGUAAUCAAAUGUACAUCUUGUGGUUUUGUUA